CCCCCCCCCCCCCGCCGCAAUGCUGCUGGGCGCCUUCACGACGCUGCUGGGGGCGCUGUUGGUGCUGAGCCGCAGCCCGAUGUUCUCCUGCCUGCUCACGGGCGGCCUCUACCUGGCGCUGCGGCUCUUCAGCCUGGAGCCGGUCUCCCUGCAGCGGGCCCAGCACAUUGUGCAGCCCCGCGGCUCCGCCGCCCGCAUCGCCCACCGCGGCGGCGCGCACGACGCGCCCGAGAACACGCUGGCGGCCAUCAGACAGGCAGCUGAGAAUGGAGCCACAGGCGUGGAGCUGGACCUUGAAUUCACUGCAGAUGGCAUUCCCAUUCUAAUGCAUGAUGAUACAGUAGAAAGGACAACUGAUGGGUCUGGGAGUUUACGUGAUUUUACGUUUGAAGAAAUUAGGAAGCUUAAUCCAGCUGCAAAACAUAGACUAUGGAGAGAUUUCCGGGGUGAAAAAGUACCAACUUUGAAAGAAGCCGUUAUGGAAUGUAUGCAUUAUAACCUCAUAAUCUACUUCGAUGUCAAAGGCCAUGCAAAUCAGGCAGUUGAUGCCCUAAAACUCCUCUAUCUGGAAUAUCCUCGUUUGUACAACAGUAGCAUUGUCUGCUCUUUCAUACCAGAGAUCGUCUAUAAGAUGAGGCAAUCUGAUAGGAAUGUUGUUACAGCAUUAACACACAGGCCCUGGAGCCUUAGUCAUUUUGGAGAUGGGAAGCCUCGUUUUGAUUGCUUUUGGAAGCACUAUGGGUAUAUGAUGAUGGACGUCAUUAUGGACUGGAGCCUACACAACUUCUUGUGGUACCUGUGUGGGGUUUCAGCUUUCCUCAUGCAGAAAAAUUACAUUUCACAAGAGUAUGUGAGGCAGUGGUCUUCACGAGGAGUUCAAGUGGUUGGCUGGACAGUGAACACACUUACAGAAAAAAUGUACUAUGAGACCGUCCUUGAGACCAGCUACAUCACAGACAGCUUGGUGGAGGACUGUGAUCCUCACUAUUAGACUUACACUGUAUGGGACUCUGAAAUAUGCCAUCCUGGUUCAUGCAGAUCUGAGUUCAGCACCAGAGGGUCCAAAGAUGCAGAAUGAGGCUGCAUACAUAGGUUGGGUUUUUUGCUUGUACUGUAUGAUUGGAUCUUAAAUCACAGCAAACCCCUCAGUCACACCACUAGGCUGAGCCACAAUCAGCAUUAGUGCUGGGGAGAAAUGUUGCGUGCAUCUGCUAUCAGAGGAAAUUGCUGUAUGGUCUAAAAAGAUCAGUUUUGAUCAACUGAUUUGGUAACUAGUAGUUCAGACAGGUUGCUUAUAAGUCAACUGUUUCUUUACUUGAUUUAACCCUUGAUUUUUAAGUCAUCAGCAGCUUUUGAAUGCCUAAUUUUAAACUGUACAUUAAACAAUCUGCUCCUCAAAGAGUAGUGUGGUGUACCUCUACCGCAAUGUUAAGAGCGGAUGGUAGGUGUAUUCCCGUACCAUAACUUUGAAUACGAUAUGGUCAGUUAAUAUUAGAGAGUAAAUAUACUUCACUGCUACAGGCUGGAAAGGAUGGAUAUUCUGUACUCUUACGGUAUGGAGAAAGACUAUAGCGGUUUCUGGUUUGGGCAAAUACUGCACUAAAACCUUGGUGGCUGGUGGGUAAACUUGAAUGUCUCCUUUUACUUCAGUCUUAAACCUGACUUUAAAAAGGGGUGAGGGAGGUUAGAAAGGUUCUUCCACCUGAUGAUACUGUAGCUGAAUCAUUCUUCAUAAACAGAGGCUGUGGAGCUGCUGUUAGCCAGAGGCUAAGCAGUAGCUGAAACACUUCUUUGUUGUUGCUGCUGCUGCUAAAUUGUUUGCACAGCUAAAUGGAUAGGAGGGCUCCGUGACAGGGUUCUCUCAACACUCUUGGCACCACCUCCUGGUCAUCCUGGGGCUUAGCUCUGCCAGGUGCUGCACCCUCUUCAGCAUUCUCUCGACCCAUCUUCUUCUCUCAGCCUGCAGCAUCUGUCUCUCGGAGCAGCAGCUUCUGGUUUGUGGCUUGACCCUCCGGCCAGGUCACUAAGUUCCUCUCUUUCCAGGGAAAUCGCAGUCCUUCCAGACCAGCUGUCUGUCUGAUGUCUCCAACAUCCUGUGUCACUACCCGGUGGCUGGUAGGGGAACCCAGGCUUGCCCGCUAAACUGGGUUCCAGCUCAGGGACCCUAUAACAUGCAGCCAAGGCCUGUACUGUCCUAUCCCUUGCUGCUGUUUCCCUGGGCUUCUUCCUACAACCUUUCUCCUCACAGAAAUACUACAGACUACCUCCUUGCAGCCCCCUUCUUCUCUCAGCUCCUGGGCUUUAUAGAGGCCUCUCCUGUUCCUAUCCAGCUGGGCCUGGUUUAAUCAACACAUGUGCCUUAGCUCCUCCUGCAGGUGUAGCCUGGGGAGUUAAUUGGCCUGCCUGGCCAUCUUAACCCCUUCCAAUCCUGUGUGGGGUGGACAUGGCAUCACAUACCCUGUUCCUCAAGCCUACAACCCACAGGGCUGUAAUGGCCUCCUGCCCUGCAUUUCCCUGAGCUGUGCCCACAGAUCAUCCCUCUCUUGUUCUGCCUCCGCCACCAGGAGACGCAAAUUAUGCUGGUCCUCCAUGGCCUCCCGCAACGUUUUCUU